AUGAUAUCAGUAAGUGAUACAAAUAUCACCGAUCAAGAUAACAGACUUAUAGGAGCUGUCAAUUAUUAUUUUUAUGACUACUGGGCCAAUGUGUCCGAUCCCCGGACAGAACACUAUUGGCUGACCCGUGGAGGGCCACUACCGGUGCUGACAUUCAUGACUCUAUGGCUACUGUUUGUGACCAAAAUAGGGCCCAAACUAAUGGCAACCCGGAAGCCACUGAACAUACGAUGGCUUAUGUAUGCCUACAAUGUACUGAUGGCCGGCACUAACGCUUUCUCUUUCGUAAUGUGCCUCAAAUUGAUAGACUUUGGUCGACUGGUAACUGAGUUCGAGUUCCCGUCCCGCGAGGAUACCAGCCCUCAAACCCUGCGAUUCAUAAACUUGGGAAUGCUCUACGGGUACACAAAAUUCAUAGACUUAUUGGACACCGUAUUCCUGGUGUUACGCAAAAAGGAGUCUCACCUGACAUUCCUGCACCUCUACCACCACUUUAUGGUUCCCAUACUGAUUAUAUAA